GGGUUCCCUUCGUUUCAACCAGAGGCUAAUUCGAAUUCUAGUACGCUUCACCAGAAAUACACAUGGGCGCCCCUUAGCAUUAGCCGCGAUAUGGUAUCUCUUCUGAGAGAUCAUUAUGACCUGAGCCCUGGUUUUCUAGAGAUUCUAGUCUACUUCAAAGACCGAUAUUUACCGACGGAAGAGGGAUACUCAGGCGCUUCGCAAUCUCUCUUCACGGACGCCCGCUCUGAGUUUGGUUGGGUCUACAAAUACUCGGAAAAGAAGGCCGACAGCACAGAAAACCCGUGGCGGAUUCGGCACACCGGAAUCUACCACCUUGCGGAUCAGAAGCGGGCGAGAUCAGUAGUCUUCAUCAUACAUCCAAGCCCGUCCGCUCACUUCAGAGUUCACCUUCAACAGGUCUUACAACAGCCAAAAGUCAGACUUGCGGUGCUCUCAAACCCAAUGCUGAUCCACUCGAUGCUGAUAUCUUCACAUCUAAGCUCUUGGCGUGACUAUCUUGAGCACCAGGAGACCCAGCUUUGGCAAUUAGACAUGAAACCAGCCUGUACAUCACUCACGCAAUCACUCGUCACGUUCGACACUCUCAAGGCACUUCGCGCUGUUGAGAAGAAGAUCGUGCCCCUCGAUCCCCUCCUUGCGUCGUUCGAAAAAGUACUAGAUGAUCUGCAAGAAGCCAGUAGUGUCCUCUCUGCAGCUGGCGAAGCAAUGGGUGGCACUUCUGCCGUCCUGAAAGCGGCACUUACCCAGUUCCGCAGGGAUGCUGCAGCAUACAGAGGACAGGUUUUCUACAUGAACAAACGGACCCAGUCUACUGCUCAGUCAAUGCUGGAUACCCUAAAUCUGAUUCAGAGUAAGAACACGUUUGACAUGGGAAGAUCAGCGCGAGAGGACUCAGUCGCCAUCAGAGCGAUUACGCUCGUCACUUCAUUCUAUCUUCCAUUCUCAUUCGUUGCUACCAUGUUUGGGAUGAACCUUGUCGACUUCGACACUGAGUCUCGCGAUCUUGUUUUGUCGAAACAACUCUGGCUAUAUUUCGUGAUAUCAGUCCCUCUGACUGCUCUGACGCUGGCAUGCUGGAAGUGGAGAAUGCGACUGUAUCGUGAUAGCGAUAUGCAUGGCGGAAUAGGUUCGACGACAUGCAUCAAACCACUGAAGGGUAAUUCAGAUAUCGAAAUGGGUCAGUACUGAAAUAGUAGGUCUCGUCCAUCGCAACGACAUACUGUGUAAAACAUGGUUCAUGCCGUCUCACCGAUAUGGCAACAAGGCGCGAAAUAGACUUAAAGCGAACAUCAUGUACUGCCUGUCAAUCGCAACGUGAACACACUGAGAACAUAAGUCAUCC